AUGCACCCCUUUUCUGUCCUCACGCUCGGCAUCUUCGUCGCUGGCUACAUCACUGCCCGUUGGGAUCUCGUUACUCGCCUCUAUGAGCUUGCCAUUUUCGCCUGGGAAAACGGUGUCGUCGCACGAAACACUGAAUCCCACCUCAAGGCCGGUACCUUCUUCCGCAGCGAGCUUCACCCGACCAACCAGAUUACCGAUAUGUGCGGCCAUGGGUCGAUGCAUGUCCUUGGCCUCUCGAAUGUCACAGACCCGACUGCAGCAGACCCUUCCUGGUUUUGCGCAACAACAAACUCAAAUCCCCGAGAGCCGAAGAUCACAUGCGCCAAAGCUGUAAGCGUACAGCUUAUCCUCUACGACCGCCCUCAACCUCAGGGAAUGCAAUAUGUGUCAUUGAAUCCAAUUGCUCUGGCACUUGGUCAUGAUGGCUCCCUAUUAGGCGACACUACGGUUUCAGAAGGAGAACAAGAGACCCGAGAGAGGCAAAUGAAGGAAGAGAAGCGCAAGCUAGCCGAAAAGCUCAAGCAACACACCAUCUUUAAACGAGUGCCUUCUGCUCGUGACAAAGCUUUGCCAAAAAUCAUCAACCAAAUAAACUGGUCCUGGGAACUCGAGAAGACGUUGCAGAAGAAUGUAGGACGGUUGGGAUCAAGACCACGGCGCAGCCUUAGUGUGUCUGAGAGAGUGGUUGAAACAGCGUCGACUAUGCGGAACUAUGUCAUUCUUCAGUUAUGGACGUGGUUUACACUCUAUAUUUUCCCUACUAUACGCAAGGCCUUUGUUCUUGUUCUUAUGGGGCAUCGCAUUAUAGCAGAGAUACUGCUUUUGCUACUCGAGUUCAGAGUCAAGCCUGAUUACGCGGCCCUGAAAGAUAUAUCGGCUACUGCACAACAAGUUGAGAUACGACUCCAACAGUUUUGCUACUGGCCGAUGCAAUACACGACUCUGCGACAGCGAAAAAACAACUGGGCCAGCGUCACAACAAGUCAUCCAGAUUAUAUCCGAUUCUACAACAGCCUGUGGCUUGUCGCAAACGAUGUCAUCAUCGGCAUUGCGCUAGGAUCAUAUAUCAUUGAGAAUGCGGAUUGGGUUGCUGAUCAAAUUGGCGACUUACUACAGACUUACACAGUGGAUGCACUUCAGAGCAGCAUCUCAUGGCUGAUGGGCUGGCCUGCUGGCCUCAAGCUGAACGGUGAAUUGGCUGCCUUUUUGGGAGAUUUAUUCCUGUGGGUUAUCGACUAUUGGUCCAGCUGUAUCGAGACCUUGAUGCCAGCAUUGCCCCGGAUGGUGUGGUUCAUAGGAUUCUCAUCGUUCGCUGGAGCCAGCAUGCCGAUUGCCAUGUUCUCCGACAUGCUUUCUACGUUGACCAUUCAUAUUUACUCCUUCUACCUUGCAUCUGGACGCAUAUAUCACUGGCAGCUCACAAUUCUGCAGUCCCUCUUCCAUCUUUUCCGAGGUAAAAAGCAUAACGUCCUUCGUAAUCGUAUCGAUUCUUGCGACUACGAUUUGGAUCAACUGCUUGUCGGGACCAUCCUCUUCACGCUGCUGUUCUUCCUCCUGCCGACUGUUGCUGUCUUCUAUCUUAACUUUGCUAUCGCUAGAAUGGCGAUCAUCUCUCUAAAAGCUGGAUUCGAUACACUACUAUCCUGUUUAAAUCACUUUCCGUUAUUUGCGCUUAUGUUAAGAAUCAAAGACCCAAGGAGACUUCCGGGUGGCAUCAGAUUCGAGCUUCGAGACACUCACGACUACCGGCACGACGAAACGAGCAACGCCGAUGGACCACCACCUACCUCGGUCAUCUACCUCAAGUCAAUUCCCUUGACAUUUCGGAUCAUGUUCAACCAAUACUUCCAGAUGGCCAACCGCAUCCGGAAACACUACCUGUCGCCCAAAGUGUUCUUCUGUCUGCUGACGGGCAAGUUCGUGCCGCCUAUCAACCGCAAGAAUUUGUAUAGUCUACAAUACAGCAUGUUGCCGGCUUGUCGGGCAACAAUCUGGGAGAUGUGGAGGGCGUUGAAUACAGAAACCAGACCGGCAAAGCGAAUGCCGUUGCCUUAUAUCCCGUCGUUACCCAAUGGUGGAAGAAGAACCUCAGCAAAUAAUGGACGGGCUAGAUAA